GUGUGUGAGGAGUGUGUGAGGAGUGUGUGCAGUUUAACCCUCCAGCAUGAUGAAGCAGCUUCCUCUUCUUCCUCUUCUUCCUCUUCUUCCUCUUCUUCUUCUCUUCAGUCUCCUGACUGGAAACUCGUCUGCCUGCACAAACGCUGACAGCAAAGUGAUCUCCACAGAAGGGACAGAUGUUAUUUUACCCUGCUCCCCCAGCACCAGAGAAAACCUCCUAAAGAAACAGUUUGACUGGAAGAAGGUCGGUCAGGGAGGAGAAACUCUGCACGAAGUCUUCAUGUACGAUUCUGCUGUUUAUUAUGACCGUCAUUCAGGUCAGAGUGAGCAGUUUAAAGGACGAGUCUCACAUUUUCAAGAUGAACUGAAUCACGGAAACGCCUCCAUCUUCAUCAGGAAGACGAAGGUGAUCGACAGUGGAAGUUACACCUGCAUUUUUCCACGUCUACAGCCUCGUGAAUUAUUCUGCAUUGAGCUCGUUGUUGAUCCUAUCUUAACUGUCAGAACCAUCCCAGGUGCAUCUCCAGAACCCUACGUUACAAUUCUUGAGGAAACAAAGGGCUGGUCUCUGCUUCAGUGUUUGGUCCGAGGAUCUUUUCCAAAACCUAAAGUCGAGUGGACGGACAGUUCUGGAAACAUGGUCCCUGCUGCAGAGCCUCAGGUCUCAGAGAGAGGAGGCAGCUACGACGUGAUCCUCCAAACUACUGUCACCAAAACAGACAACUACAGCUGUGUAGCUUCACAGGAGGAGAUCAAGCAUCAGAGUAAACCUGCACACAUCUACGUGCCUCUAAAUGGUGAGAUAUCAUUUUAAUUGCUCGUGUGUUUU